AUGUCAAGCGUCAUUAACACCAAUCACUCGCACAAGCGUGUCUUACGUGCUCGCCUUAAGUCCUUUCUUCGCCAGAUCCCGCAGACAGAGAUCAAUAAUCAAUCCGCGGCCGUUCUUGAAGCCCUUAAACCUUUGCUUGCCGAUUAUAAGCAUAUCGCCUGUUUCAUGAGCAUGGACCGUGGCGAAGUAGUCACUACUCCAAUUCUCAAAUGGCUCUUUCAAGCGGGUAAAACCGUCUAUCUCCCACGCUGUACCUCUACCGACGCCAGUGGUCACAUCAACCUUCGCAACACUGGCAAACCACACCCACACCUUACUUUCCAUCGUAUGCGAUCCUAUGCCGCUGUCGAGUCUCUCCGGCCUCAGGGGAAAUAUCAAUUACGCGAACCGCUCCUGGAGAUACCACACCCAUUACCCCCCAAAUUAGAUGUCAUCCUUGUCCCCGGUGUCGCUUUCUCUCCACAAAACGGCGCCCGCAUGGGCCACGGCGCGGGGUUUUACGACGACUUCAUACAUCGCACUCUACAUCAUCACGCCCAAAAGCCGUUGCUCGUGGGACUCGCCCUACAACAACAACUCGUCCAGGAUAUCCCCAUGGAACAGCAUGACAAUUGCAUGGAUGCUGUGGUUUCCGGUGACGGCUCUAUUCAUUGGGUAUCGUAG